AUCCCGGCCCGCCGGCGAGAGGGAGGAGCGGGGCCGGCGGCGCCCCAGCGCAGCGCCGCGCCGCGGGCAGCCCGGCGGCCGUGCGGGGAGAUGGUGGCGACGCGCGCAGCCCGGCGGUGAGAGGCAGGGCGCCGGAGCCGCCGCCGCCGCCGCUCCUCGCCCGGGGGGAGGCGAGGCGAGGCGAGGCGAGGCGAGGCGGGCAGCGCCCGGAGCAGCAGCGGCGCCAGCAGCAGCAGCAGCAGCAGCAGCAGCAGCGCCAGCGUUGAAAGGCCAAGGGAUAGUGAGCUAGAGAGACCCCAGCAUUCAAAAUGAAAGCCCAGCUCACACUGCUCUUUGUGGGGAUUGUUGUGCUUGUGGACGCAGCAAGAGGCCCACCCAGAAUUGCUGAUAAAGUGAUUCACCGGCAAUCUGUGAGAUUAGGAAGAACUAUCAAGCUCCUUUGCCCAGUGGAGGGCGAUCCCCCACCUCUUACUAUGUGGAUGAAAGAUGGCCGCACAAUCCACAGUGGAUGGACGAGGUUUCGUGUCCUGCAGCAAGGGCUGAAAAUCAAGGAGGUGGAAAGUGAAGACGCAGGGACGUACGUCUGCAAGGCCACCAACGGGUUUGGCAGCACGAGCGUGAACUAUACUCUCAUUGUCAUUGUAUUUGGUCAGGAAACUGACGACGAAAGAUCCCUGGUCCCACUCCCUGCACAAACAAACGAUGCCAGUGCUGGAAGGGAGAGUUUAGCUCCCAAAGGCCCCAAUACUGACUUUGAAGACCAUUCAGGAAAGCUGUGGGCUCGACCUAGAUUCACUCAGCCUGCUAAGAUGAGACGGAGGGUGAUUGCCCGACCUGUGGGGAGCUCCGUGCGCCUGAAAUGUGUAGCCAGUGGAAAUCCUCGGCCUGAUAUCAGCUGGCUAAAAGACAACAGGCCUCUCACCCCCCAGGAGAUUGGUGAGAGCAAAAGGAAGAAAUGGACCCUGAACUUGAAGAACUUGAAGCCCGAGGACAGUGGAAGAUACACCUGCAGAGUCUUCAACAGAAUCGGGGAGAUCAACGCCACCUACAAAGUGGAAGUGAUCCAAAGAACAAGGUCAAAGCCCAUUCUGACGGGGACACACCCUGUGAACACAACAGUGGACUAUGGAGGGACAACUUCAUUCCAGUGCAAAGUGCGGAGCGACGUGAAGCCCGUCAUCCAGUGGCUGAAGAGGGUGGAAUAUGGGACCGAGAACAAGUACAAUUCGACUAUCGACGUUGGGGGACAGAAGUUUGUGGUGCUGCCCACAGGGGAGGUCUGGUCUCGUCCAGAUGGCUCCUAUCUGAACAAACUCAUGAUCACGCGAGCCAAAGAGGAGGAUGCUGGAAUGUACAUCUGCCUUGGUGCCAACACCAUGGGAUACAGCUUCCGGAGUGCUUUCUUAACAGUGCUGCCAGAUCCCAAGCCACCCAAUCCACCCGUAGCUCCUUCCUCCACCAGCAGUCUUCCGUGGCCUGUGAUCAUUGGGAUCCCUGCUGGAGCUGUCUUCAUCUUCGGGACGAUCCUCCUGUGGCUCUGCCAAACCAAGAAGAAGCCUUGCUCUCCUCCAACAGCAACUCCCAUACACAGAUCACACCCUCGGGACCGGGUUUGUGUAGGUCAGGUCCCAGAAAAAGACUGCAUGUCCUCCAUUAACUAUGAGGAAUAUGUUGUGCAGCAGCAGCAGCAGCAGCAGCAUUUGCUGUCCCAAGGGCCUGUCUUGGCCUCAGCCCUGACUUCCAAAAUGUACCCAAAGACAUACACGGACAUCCAUAGUCACACUCAUUCACACGUGGAAGGCAAAGUUCACCAGCACCAACACAUUCAUUACCAAUGUUAAAGAGCAGCCUUCCCCGGUGUUUGGCUUGCAGUGAGUCUGCAUGUGCUGCUAAGGUAGGACAAGAAACCAAAAUGAAACCAAACCAAAACCAAAAGCAUCGUGGAGUCAGAUGUGGAAUGUGGGUGUUUUGCUGUUACUGAGACAAGGAUUAUGAAGGAAUUCCCCAGGGGCCAAAGCAACCUCUUGCAAGCCCUUUAGAGAUCAGAAUCUCCUGGUGUGAGAGUGAGAGGAGGCCAGGGGAGGAGCCUGUCUGCUACUACGUCUCUUCUGUGGUCACUCCUUAAAGAGCAAGCCCUGAGGGACUUUUCUCUUGGGAGCCUCUCUUCCCAGGGAAUGGAAGCAAGAAGGCCCCAAAUGCCAAGCUCCAGAGCCACAUCAGACUUCCAAAGCAUUUGAAUGGCCUUCCAAAGAAGAAAAGCACCAUCUUUGUUGGUUUGUGGGAGGGCUGGUGGUGAUAUUUUUAUUUAAAGUUGUGGAAUUUUCCAUGGUUGCCUGAUAAUUAGCAAUAACUGAGUUGGAGAUACCUGAAAUUCCCCUCUCCACUGGAGGGCUUUCCCUGAAAGGGACGAGCGGCCCUUGUCUUCAACUGCCAGAAAUCCAAAGGACAUUGUACAGCUUGCUUUUAUAUUUAUAUUUAAUUAUUAUAAUGAUAAUGAUAAUAAACUGCUGGAUUUUAAAUGGAUCCCAUCAUGCUGCCCUUCCCUGAAGUAAAUACCAGUUCAUGGUUAAUGGUGGCAAAUGUUUGGGCUGUGAAGUACGUCAAGCAGGUAAAAGCCAGUUGGGAAAGAGAAAUAAAAUGCAUCUCUAGAGAAAAAUGUAUUUGCUGAAUGUGCACUUGUGGACAGGAAGAGGGUGGGGUAUCCGUGUAGUUAGUCCGUUUAUGGCAUUUCAUUUCAGUUUGGUUUCAAGGGGGAAAUGCAAGCAAAGUAUGACCAUAUUAAAUUCCCAACUGGACUUGAAGUUAAUUCAGUCAAAGAUCUAAAAUCUUUUUAAUUCUAUAUAUAGAGUUUAAACAGAAGACAUGUAUAUUAAUUUAUUUUGUUAAAACAAAAAAAGAGAAAAAUGUAUAAUUUCAUCAAGAACAGGCAUUUCUAUACCUAUUUUUGAUCAAAAAUAAAGAUUUUGUUCAAUUUC